GUGGGGGCUGUUGAACAACGCGGCCGCAAGGCGGCCGCUCCCUGCCGACCCCUCUUCUCGGCCCCUUGGCCCUCGGACGCUGAGAGCCAUGGCCUUGCCGCUGCUGCCUGGCACCAGUUUCAACCGCAACGUGGGAAAGGAAAAGUUCCACAAAUCUCAACAUUGGGGCUUUUGCAACAAUGUGAGCAUGCUGGUGAGUGAAGAUAAACCCGGAAUUGGUGGAGAACUGCUUCUUGGGCAAAAGAUGAAGCCGAAAUACAGUGAAUUUCCUAAAGGAAUGGGAAGUGAUGCGCCAUCCUGGGUAGCUUUUGAUAAGCAGGUAUUAUCUUUUGAUGCCUAUUUAGAAGAUGAAGUGCCUGAUAGAAGUCAAGAAAACUAUAGAAUCAGACGCUAUAAAAUCUACUUCUACCUUGAAGAUGACACAAUUCAAGUAAAUGAACCAGUAUUGAAAAAUAGUGGAAUGCUUCAAGGAACUUUUAUCCGGCGUCAUCGGAUUUCGCUCCCACCUCCUGAUGAAGAUCAGUUUUAUACUGUGCAUCAUUUCAAUAUCAAUAUAGACAUCAUCUUUUAUGGCUGGACAUUCAAGAUUUAUGACUGUGAUACGUUCACAAAAAACUUUCUGAAGAAAAUAGGAGUCAAAUUAAACCCCCCGGGACAGUGUCCAGAAGAUCCUUACAUGAAGAUGCGGAGAGAGACACUAGACUGCAUGGAGCCCUUACGUCCCUAUGAGUCCUUUGACACCCUGAAACAGUUCCUUGAGUACGAUAGGAAGGUGUUACGUUUUUUCUGCCUGUGGGACGACUCAGCCUCGGUGUUUGGGGACUGUAGGAAACUCAUUCUGCAUUACUUCCUGUCUGAUGAUACCAUUGAAGUCAAAGAAGUGAUGCCACACAACUCAGGCCGGGAUGCUAUGUCAUUGUUCCUCCAGAGGAGAAAGCUCCCCAAGUAUGGCCCACCUGGAGUCUAUCAGCCAGGCCAGAUAACAGAUCGAACAGUUCUUAAUGUGUACAGUGGCUUGACAGAGACCCGAGCGGACGGCUACCUGUUGGAUAAAUACAAGCUAGGAAAAGUAGAUCAAGAGUUUUACAAAGAUUGUGACCUGUUCAUAGGAGCCACCAUCAAUGUGUGGGGAAGGAAAGUGCUUCUUUGUGACUGUGAUGAAUUUACAAAGACUUAUUAUAAGACGAAAUAUGGAAUUGAGAACUUCACCUCGAUUCCAUGCAAGGCUCCACCUCCUCCAAAAAUAGAAAGGAAAUUUCCACCUUAUACUGGCUUUGGUUCUGAAGAGGAUUCUCUCCGCUCCUGCAUAAGCCUCACACCCACACCUCAUCAGAAGAACUUCAAGAAGUUCCUGGAAAAAGACAGCUAUGGCAACAUAAGCAAUACACUUCGGUUUUUUGCAAAACUCUUCACACACAAAUGUGCAGACGUGGACAGGAUGUUUGUUAUUUCGUACUUUCUCAGUGAUGACACAAUUUCAGUGUUUGAACCUGUAGAGAGGAAUUCAGGGAUUACUGGCGGGAAGUUCUUGAAAAGAAUUCGUGUUAAGAAGCCUGGACAAGAGGUCUUUAAAAGUGAACUAUCAGAAUAUGUCAAGGCCGAGGAGCUAUAUAUCGGAGCCAAAGUGAACGUGAAUGGCUACCUGUUUCUUUUGCUCAGUGCUGAUGAGUACACCUUAAACUACAUGGAAAUGAAUUCAGAUAAGUUUCCCAUGAGCAGCAUUGAACUUGUCCUGCAAAAGCUGAAAGAAGAAGAAUCAAAAUCCAGAGAGAUCAAGCAGGUAUUUGCAGCUGCUGACUGUAGGCACACAAAGAUGGUGGAUUAUAAUACAUUCAGAGACAUAAUAAUGAGUCUAACUGUUGGGAAACUCACAGACCAUGAAGUUAUAACCCUUGCACGUCACUACCAGGUGCCCGAGGACACGAGUCCUGAUAUGAAUGUCCUAAUUGCACAGGCCCAUGAACAGCUCAAGAAGAACACUUUUGAGAAUUUUGAAAGGCUCACUGCUACUUGUGUAUACCAAGAUCGAGAAAAAAAAAAAGUAUUACCCAGCAAAGACAUCAGAAGGCUGUGCAAGUCCUCCAGGUUACCUUUGACCGAUGAUCUUCUGGGAUCCAUACUGUCUGGGUUUGAAGACAGUAAAGAACAAAUAAAUUAUGAGUCAUUUUUCUGCGCCCUGAACUGGAGAAUGAAUCCGAUGCCCGAAGUGAAAGCACCGUCAUACAUGAAAGAGGUAUGAAAAUCAGCCCAUCACCCUUGGAUUUCCCUGGUUUCACCAUCAAGCAGUCACGAUAUCUACUAUGGAGGAGCUAGGGUUCCCUUCAGACAGGACUGCCAAUACAGGACCGAGCAGCUCUGAGUGUCAAUAUGGCGAAAGGGUUGGGGUGUAUGAUGCUCAGGCUUGGUCAGAAGAGGAAGUGAAGCUUCGUAGACGUUGGUCCAGGUUUAAUUCUGGGCAUCCAUGUCCCAUGACUCAUACAGGAUGACACUAAGAAAGUUCUAGACUAAUUUCCGCCAAACCUCCUCCUCUCCCAUACCAUAGAGCAGUCAGGGACUUCUUGUGCAGUCCAAGCCAGAAGAGAAAUUCAGUCUGUCCUGAGGAGGACUUUAUACUUCCCUGUGGUCUGGCGUGGACUCUUGCGUGGGCCAUUUCUGGAAUCAUCUAGAAUUCAACACUUUCAGACUGUCCCUGGACCCUCUCUACCGAAAGCCCAUUGAGGGCAGGCCUGGGUCUUGCCUGACACUGUAUUCCCCCAUGCCUUUACAGCACUUGGCACACAGCAAGUGUAUACACAGUCUUAGCCAAAUGAGGGAAAACGUGAAGACAAUAAUGAGUAGGCAUGUCAGAGUGAAAUAGCAAAAGUGCACGACAAAUCACAACAGUCAAGACCAUCUCCAUAAGAAUGCUGUUCAUCACCGACAGCCCUCCCUCAGCCGGAGAAGGAGCACUUUCAGUCCAGGGCUGGUGUUCACACUGGGCAGCCCCCUGCCCACGGGAGGAAGAAGCCAGUGCCUUCAGAGUGGGAAGAGCCUUACCCCGCCUGGUGGAGUCCCAGCAGUUAGUCUCUGCCUCUUCCGCGUCCUGACACUCUUAGCUGAUUUAUUCCCCCCCCCACGCCUUUUUUUUAUGAUCUCAGGAUUCUCACAUUGCUUCUACCUUACUCAUGUUAGCUAUGUAGACAGCGGGGUCUGACAAGUGGCUCAAUGGAACUCAGAAGUGACGGGUGGCCAUGGAGACCCGGCUUCGCUCAGAGAGGUCACCUUACUAUCUCACUCUUUUGGGUAAAUUUAUAACUUUGACAAUUCUAAUUUCCACCCUGCUCCCAGACCCCCCCCACUGCCGACCACACCCCGCCCCCUCUGACCCUGGGGGCUAGGUAAAUUAUAUUGCCUACUAAUUGAACACGCUGCUCCUACCGUGCGUAAUGAGUCAGAGGGAUUUGGCUGUGUCUGUUCUUCUGGCUUAUUCCUCUCAUAAACAUUCAGUGACAAACUUUUUCUUUGGCCUAGGGUCAUAAAGAGGAAAAAAACCCUCUUAACUUUUUUUUUUUCCAACUUAAGACUUGAGUGAAAUAUUUUCCACCAUCCUCAGCAAGACAUAAUACUUCAUGUCAUGAAUAAGUUAAUGAGAAAAAUAUGGAUGCCCUUCCCCAGUCCCUCGGGGACCUGCUGGGCAUUUUGCCCCUCUGAGGACCAGUUACUCUCUAAGUCUUUGGGGCUCCCUGAGAAGUCUCUGGUUUGAGUCUCAUCCCAAGGUCCUGGGGAUUAGUCUGUCUCUCUCAGCGGUCUUCGAUUGCGUUUACCUUGAACUUGGACAUCCCUCCCUAUAGAACGUCCCUUAGAGCUCCCUGAGGAGCUGUCAAGUGGGUGAAUGGCCCAGAGCAAGCAUCGCCAAGUGCCAACUACCAAGUACUUCAGUAUGGCCCUUUUCAUAUUUUAUUUCAUCUCUGGAUCAAAAAUGUGCUUACCUAAAGAAGAGCGUUGAGACUCCUUAGCGAGGCAUUCAGCUGGUUCCCUACCAUCUGGCCACAACCUGCUUUGGCAAUCUUACUUUCCACAGCCCCUUUCCAGCUCUAAGCAAACAGUACUACCACCGCUGCCUGAACUCUCCUCCUGCCUAAAAUGCUCUUCCCUUCAUCCAAUCUAAAUCCUCUUCCUUUAGAGAAAGACAACGGGGUAAUAAAUUAGUGCUUCUUCACACUGAUAUCCUUUAAAUAUUUAGUCAACGUUUUUAGUGUGUGCGAUAGAGGGAAAAGCUGGUGUUUUUACUAAUACAAAUAAAGAAAGAGAUUCACUUUCUAAUUCCCUCCCAAGGGCUAAACAGAGUCAAUGUUCUAAAAAAAAAAAAAGCAACAAAAACUUUGUCUUUUUAAAUCGUUUCUGUUCUCUCCAGUUUUCUUUUGUAAUUUCCCAAGUCACGUAACUUUUGGGGAAGCACGAGGUUUAAAACACAGCUUAUGAAAUCUAUCACUCUUUCUUAGUAGACAGUCCCCACCAAACAUCAUUCAAAUUCAGAAGUUUAUUUGAUGGUAACUGGUCUCAGGUGGGUAGUAAGGCCCGUGGUGGUUGUAGCUUGUACAACAGUCCAUGUAAAUAGAUCAGCAAGGAAUAGAGAUAAUAUAUCUAUAUUAUAUGUGUGUUAUAUAUAGCUCUCUAUAUACUAUAUCUCAUAUACACAUAUCAUAUGCACAUCAUAUAUUUAUAUAUUUCAUAUAUAUAGAUACUUAAUAUGCUAUAUAUAUAUACAUAUAUAUAUCAUAUUAGGACUCUAUCUUCUUGGGUGAGAACAGAAUCAAUUUUAUAUUUCACCAAUUUAGUGAGAAUUUGCAUGAACAAACCUGAGUUAAGGGGCACCAUGCUUAUAAUUCACUCUAGGAUUCUUUUAGACUCCUCAUGGGGUCUUUGUAAGUGAGAAUCUUUUGUGAGAUUUGGGCUCUGCUACAUGUACAUUGUUCCAGAAUAUUCCUCUGUGCAUACCUCCUCUGUGAAGAACUCACCACCAUUACCUUCAUUAUCUCUCUCACCUUCAUGUUCCUACACAGGAUUCCAGUAUGUUCCACAACGAAAACUUUGCUACUCAAAGUGCGGGUCACAGACUAGGAACACUAGCAUUACCUAGGAGCUUGCCAGAAAUGCAGAAUCUCGGGACCCACCCCAGAACUUUUGAAUGAGAGGUGAUUUGUAUGCACAUUCAAGUUUAAGAAGCUCUGGACUCACUGUACAGUCUGGUGUUUUUUCUCUUAGCCUCCAGUACAUAAUUAAUUAUGGAUUCCGAAGAGUAGUCGCCAUGUUUUUUAAUUCUUUUCUUUCCCCCACAGCUCUUAACUGCCCCUCUUAGGAGGCACUUCUGUUACAAGAUUGGUUCAUGCUUUAGUUGAAUCCAGCCCCGGAAUAAGAGGAAAUAGUCUUUUCAUCGUUCUCACUCUAGCUCAACCUUUAGAAGUUCAAGUUUGACUGUUUUUCUAGGAAGUAAAAGAGCUAUUUUUCCUUCAAAGCCUAUGAUUUCUAUGAUUCUGUACUUGAGCUCCAAAGGCUGUUUUUAAUUUGACCUCAAGUGCAAUUCAUGAAGACAACUUUAACAAUAGUAGCUCCCCUUUGGGCAAGAAUACUCCCAUUGGAGAUUCAAAAACUGUCCUAUUGAGUAAAAUGCUUCUUAAUUUACUGUAAAAAGUGUGUUUAGAAAAGCAAAUAAUCUAUGACAGAGCAUAGAACUGUCCACUCUUAUGAAAUCCAAUA